ACUACUUUUCAGCGACAUCGCUGCCAGCACACAACACACAACAAAAACCAAGCAAGCAACACACCAACAAGAGAAGCUUGCGCUUGAAGCUUCCUCGUCUUGUCUUGUGUUGUCUUCACCUUCUUCUUCUUCUUCUUCUUCUUCUUCUUCUUCUUCUUCUUCUUCUUCUUGAGGCGGAGGAUGAUGAUGCUGAGUGUUGUGGAGCGGAGAGCGCUUGCGCUUGCUGUUGUUGUGGCCAUCGCUGCCGCUGUGGCAGUGUUGCCAACAGCGCAAGCACAAACCAACAGCACCACCAUGCCAAGCAGCGACACCAACAGCACCAUCAUGCCAAGCAGCGACAACGCCACGGACUGUGCUUCCCUGAACAUGGACUAUUGCCGUGCUACACCAGAGUGCCACUAUGUGGACAAUGCACUGUCGUGCUUCCAGCGAGGAUGCGACGUGUACACGUCAUACAGCCUCUGCGCCGGUGAUCCAGAAGGCUUUGGCGACUGCUCGUGGGACAACGACCUGUACAAGUGCUACUCCGGUGACGCCCCGAGGUGUGACAUGUACUCUGUGGACUGCCCCUCUUCUCGCUGCCGCCAAGUCUCAGGCUACUGCGAAGACCAAGACAGCUCGGUUGCUCGGUGUGAGGACCUCGGCUCAACAGACUGUCAAGUCACGGCCGGAUGCAUUCUCGUCAACAACCAGUGCAAACUCGGAGAUGGGUCGUGCAGCGUGUUUGGCAAGGCCGAUUGUGCAACGCAUGACGAGUGCGACUGGCUGUCCACCUACGACACCUGCUGGCCGACGGGCGUGGACUUCCCGUGUGAGGAUGCGAGCGACUUUACGCUGGUGCCGUGCCCCGAGCACUGCGACACCGUCAACACCACCACCGACAGCCGCACAUGCGUUGUCAAAGGUUGGACGGUGCCGUGCUCGUCGUUUGACGGCAACAGCUGCCCGCUCGACCGCUGCAGCGUCAAAGGCACAGGCAUUCGCGUGUGCUACGACCCAAAUCUGCCGUUUGACUGUCACAAACUGGAUCCGGACUCGUGCAGCGCGGCAGAGGAGUGCAAGAUGGGCACCGACAUGUGCUUUGACAGAAGUGAGACUGCGCCGUGCGACAAGCUGACGCUGUCCGACUGCAGCGCUGCACCACACUGCCGCGUGUCGUGUCCGGGGGGCGGUGCCGGCACGUGCGUGGACUGCGGUCAGAUGUGCAAACCAGACGACGCAAACUGCGGCUCGCUUGAUGACUGCCUCGGCAGCGACGAGGUUGAGUGCGAAUCCAACUCCGCCUGCAUUUGGAUGCAGGGUGCCGGGCAGUGCGUUCCAAACGAAUCGGACAACUGCUUCCCUGUGACGGACGAGGCCGAGUGUCUCGACACGUUUGGGUGCAUGUGGGAGGAAGGAUCGUGCCAGCAGUGUCCCGAGGAGGGCUGUCCGACACCAGAGGGGCGCCCGUGCUCGUUCUACGACCAGUUCACGUGCCCCGGUCCCCGCUGCACGUAUCUGCCCGAUCUCGGAGAGUGCGGCAGGACGCCGUGUGAGGCCGCAUUCGACAACACGACGUGCCUCGCCCUCAGUGGCUGCGCAUACUUUGCCCCAGGGAAUAUCUGCUACAACGCAACCGCGGGCGAGGAGCUGCCGUGCAACCGCCUGAUGCCCGACGCGUGCGAGAACUACGAUUACUGCGUGCUGAUCGACACGUUCUGUCAGCACAAGGACGACGUGAAGCCUUGCAUCACGCACGAGUCGGAGGACAGCUGCCCCCUCCACCGCUGUCAGUGGGUCUUCAAAUCGCAGCAGUGCCAUUCGUUGGUCUGCGAGGACAUCUUCGACCCAGAGUCGUGCAAAUAUGCAAACUGCACCUUGGACGAAUUCAGCAACCUGUGCUACAACGACACGGGCGUGGCGUGCGAGAAGCGGGCGAUGGAAGACUGCACGACGCCGUGUGUGCGCACGGAUGAGGCCUGUCGCUCCCGGCAGUGCUCAGAUGCCCGAUUCGAACAAGAAAAGUGUGAGCUGAUUGAGAAUUGCAAGUUCAGCGACGACCAGUGUGUCUUUGAUGAUGGCGGCCCGUGCACGUCCUUCCAGCUCGAGUCGUGCCCCGCUCGCUGCUACACAGACUUUGCAGGCGGCGUUUGCAGGCUGGAGAUGUGCUCUGACCAGGUGGACGAGCAAGCCUGCGCAGAGUUUGGCUGCUCCUUCCAUCCGCAAGUCGAAAUUUGCCAGAACGACACGGGGCUCGCGUGCUCGGCGUACACGGACAUCCUGACAUGCCCCUACCGCUGCAGGUUUGCUGACCGCGAGUGCAAGGAGCGCACGUGUGCAGACUUCAAGUCGUUCGAAACCUGCGAAAGGAACGAGUUUGCCCUUGCCUGCUCGUACAUCACGGUUGACGACAACGAGUACUGCGUUCGCAAAGAUCAGCCGACGCCCUGCUAUGUGUACCAUGGCCACGAGAGCGACUGCCCGCUCGACCGCUGCACGUGGAACGAGCUCGACUCCCUCUGCGAAAACUCAACGGAAAAAAUUGACUGCGUGUAUUACACGCAUGCGGAGACGUGCCAGCGCUUUUCGUAUUGCAUGUGGAGCAACGGGCUAUGCGACACGUGCAAGGAGCAGCCGUGCGCAACCAUCGCACCACCAACCACCAGCACCACAUCGACGACCACGACCACGACCACGACCACAGCUGCAGCCAACAUGACGACCGCAUCGCCCAUGAUGACCACGACGAUGAAGGCGGGUGGAAACAGCACUGUCGACACGACAAAGUCGACGACCGCAAGUGGAGGGCUGACGACAACAAUGGCUGUGACAACUGCUGAUGGCGGCACUGGCACAGCAUCAAGCACCACAACGACAACGACAACGACAACGACAAAGGAAGGUGGCACCAGCAAGACCACAGGCAGCACAACCACAAAGUCAACAACGACGACGACGACGACGACGACGACGACAACUGUGAAUGGCGGCGGAAGCACAAAGGGCGGAAAGGCGACGACCACCAAGCCAACCACCACCACAACAGCAGCCACAACCACGACAACAUCAAACACGAACACGGAUGUGAUCAUCACAUCAAGCACAUCGGCGACAGCAACGGCUUCAGCCAGUCCGAACACACCCUCACCACCAUCACCACCCUCACCACCAUCACCACCACCAUCGCCACCAUCGCCAUCGUCCCCUGGUGCAAGCACGGGGGCGGCAGAGACGACGACCACUGCAGGCGGCACCACGACACCUGCAGGACAGAAGGCCACGGGCAAGAAGAAGAGCGCGACGGGCGUUGCUGUUGGCGUGACGCUUGGGCUGAUUGCUCUAAUUGCUGCUGUUGCCUUUGUCGUCUGGCGACGCAAGCGUUCCUCGUCCCUCUCAUUCGACUCGCCCUCAUAUGGGCAACGCUCUGAUGAAAUGGAUGUGCGGAACUUUGUCAACUACGACGACUCCAUGAACACAAUCGAGAACCCCACGUACACCUCGUUCUCCGAAGCGUGAACUCACACGCACACACACCGUUAAAUUGUGUUGUUGCUUCCUCUUUUCUUCUUCUACCUUAACUCGCACAACAUGUGACAUGUGGCUUGUUCUUGCCACUUUGCAUGGGUUCCUUGUCGCUCGUUCUGCUCCACGCGCAACCACCAACACUGUUAUUUUUCCCCUGUUUUGUCGCUUCCUCCAUGUUGCUGACACUGCACUCGUUUGAUGUUCGCUCCUUCUUCUGACUUAAUUGACUGUCGUUUGACUCACGCGCACACAUACAAAACACACACGCGCACACAUACAAAACACACACACGCGC